AUGCCAUUGACCAACCCGACUCUUGAAGGGUACAAUGUCGUACGAAACAUGUGGAUGAAGUACUACAACCCACUGAAAGGCACAUUUAUCGCUCCCCAGAAAUGCAAUGGGUGUUACAACGACGACCGGUUUGUUAUAUGGGCCGUAGCGGUAGCCGUUCAAGCCGUGGUUGAUAGUGCACGGAUUUACCCUGAGAUGAUCCCGUUGAUUGAACCCAGUAUCCGGAUUUUCCAGAAGUACAAGAACACGCAGAUGAAGGGUUUUUCCGCUGCGGAAAAUGGAGGGGCAGACAAGGAUAUUUAUUAUGAUGAUGAUGCGCAAGUUGCCAGUUGUAUGCUUACGGCGUUUGAAGUGACGGGAGAUAAGCGGUAUUUGGAUCAAGGUAGAGAAUUGGUGCGGUUUUUAAUGGGAGGUUGGAAUGAUGAUCCUCAUGCGGUUACCAAGGGGGGGGUCUUGUGGCAUGUAUCUAAAACAUAUUUAAAUGCUUGUACCACCGCAGAAGUCGCAAAAUGUUGUUUACAGAUUUCCAAGUUUAUCCCCAAUGAAGCGCAACAUUACAUUGACUUUGCCGCCAAAUGCAUUGACUGGCAGAUCAAAGUCUUACAAGAUCCCAAGGAUAAAUUAAUUAUGGAUGGAGUACAUAAAGAACUGGAUAAGGUUGAUGAUGCUAAAUGGUCUUAUAACGCAGGUACGACAUUGUCGUGUGCUUCGCAUUUAUAUUUCAUAACCAGAGACGACAAAUGGAAGCAGAUAGCCACUCAAUUGGCUCAGACAGUUAUCGAUAGAAACGUUACCAUAUAUGAUAGAGAUUACCCCAUGGACAAGAGAUAUUGGAGAGACUCCUCUUAUUUCGUGCAAUUGCUCAUUGAAGGGUUGGCAGAUUAUUUGCUUUAUAUGGGACAAGAAGCUCCAUCAGAAUUGCCAGACAAGAUCCAUGAAGAGAUCCAAAGACAUUUGAUUAUGUUUUAUGAAUAUUCCAGAGACCCCAGAGACCAAUUGUAUAUUCAAAGCUUUGAACCCCAUAAAACGUACAACGAGAAUAAGCAGAAAUAUAUCGACCACUUUGAGGGGAAAAAGGAUGUUGGGUUGAAAUCUGAAGACUGUGAUUCCAACGGGAACUCCCAGAAAUGUUUAAUGGGUUGUGGUGCUGCUGCUAGAUGCUUCUUUCAAGGUGCCAGAGUUGUACCCAGAAUUGGUUAA